AUGCCUUAUAACUGUACUGGGAUCUCAGAGAAACAUCUGGUAUCUUUAGAUUUUGAAGUAGAUGAUUGUGGUAUCACACGAGAUACAAAUGGAGAGCAUGCCAGCAUCCAAGAUAUACCUUCAUCCAAUCACAGAAAAAAUGUAUCACUUGAUCCUUUUAAACAGGUCCGAUCUUCUGAUUCAUCACAGACUGUAACACAGAAUAAAAGUCGUAGAAGAGGUGUUAAACAUCAAACAGUUCACGUAGGAGGGAAGCCAUUUUCAUGUUCAGAAUGUGAGAAAUGUUUUAAGCAUAAAUGGGCUCUUGUUACACAUCAGAGAAUUCACGCAGGGGAGAAGCCAUUUUCAUGCUCAGAAUGUGAAAAAUGCUUUAAUCAUAAAUCCGCGUUUGAUACACAUCAGAGAAGUCACACUGGAGAGAAGCCAUUUUCAUGUUCAGAAUGUGAGAAAUGUUUUACCGAUAAAUCAUCUCUAUUUAAACAUCAGAGACUUCACACAGGGGAGAAGCCAUAUGCAUGUUCAGAAUGUAGAAAAUGUUUUAGUUGUAAAUCAGAACUUGUCACACAUCUUAGAAUUCAUACAGGGGAGAAGCCAUAUUCAUGUUCAGAAUGUGGGAAAUGUUUUAGAUGUAAAUCAGAACUACUAACACAUAUGAGAUUUCACACAGGGGAGAAGCCAUUUUCAUGUUCAGAAUGUGAGAAAUGUUUUCAUUCUAAAUCGCAUCUUGUCACACAUCAGAGAAUUCACACUGGUGAGAAGCCAUUUUCAUGUUCAGACUGUGGUAAAUGUUUUCCCAACAAAUCAGCUCUUUAUACACAUCAGAAAACUCACAUAGGGGAGAAGCCAUUUUCAUGUUCAGAAUGUGAGAAACGUUUUUAUCAAAAAUCAGUUCUUGCUACACAUCAGAGAAUUCACACUGGAGAGAAGCCAUUUUCAUGUUCAGAAUGUAGAAAAUGUUUUAGUUGUAAAUCAGAACUUGUCACACAUCAUAGAAUUCAUACAGGGGAGAAGCCAUAUUCAUGUUCAAAAUGUGGGAAAUGUUUUAGAUCUAAAUCGAAUCUUGUCAAACAUCAGAGAAUUCACACUGGAGAGAAGCCAUAUUCAUGUUCAGAAUGUGGGAAAUGUUUUCCCAACAAAUCAGCUCUUAAUACACAUCAGAAAACUCACAUAGGGGAGAAGCCAUUUUCAUGUUCAGAAUGUAGAAAAUGUUUUAGAUGUAAAUCAGAACUUCUAACACAUCAGAGAAUUCACACUGGAGAGAAGCCAUUUUCAUGUUCAGAAUGUGGGAAAUGUUUUCAUGUUAAAUCAUCUCUGGUCACACAUCAGAGAAUUCACACUGGAGAGAAGCCAUUUUCAUGUUCAGAAUGUGGGAAAUGUUUUCAUGCUAAAUCACAUCUUGUCACACAUCAGAGAAUUCACACUGGAGAGAAGCCAUUUUCAUGUUCAGAAUGUGGAAAAUGUUUUACCAAAAAAUCAGCUCUUAAUACACAUCAGAAAACUCACACAGGGGAGAAGCCAUUUUCAUGUUCAGAAUGUAGAAAAUGUUUUAGAUGUAAAUCAGAACUUUUAACACAUAUGAGAAUUCACACAGGGGAGAAGCCAUUUUCAUGUUCAGAAUGUGGGAAAUGUUUUCCCAACAAAUCAGCUCUUAAUGCACAUCAGAAAACUCACACAGGGGAGAAGCCAUUUUCAUGUUCAGAAUGUAGAAAAUGUUUUAGAUGUAAAUUAGAACUUCUAACACAUAUGAGAAUUCACACAGGUGAGAAGCCAUUUUCAUGUUCAGAAUGUGGGAAAUGUUUUCAUUCUAAAUCGCAUCUUGUCACACAUCAGAUAAUUCACACAGGAGAGAAGCCAUUUUCAUGUUCAGAAUGUGAGAAACGUUUUUAUCGAAAAUCAGCUCUUGCUACACAUCAGAGAAUUCACACUGGAGAGAAGCCAUUUUCAUGUUCAGAAUGUGGAAAAUGUUUUUACAGUAAAUCCUCUCUUGUUCUACAUCAGAGAACUCACAUAGAG